UGAGGAAUCAAGUUUUCUUAUCACAUUCCCGUCAUGUUGUGGUUAGCAGACUCGAUCCCUGUCACUCCUCUUGCCCUUGGACUAGAGAUUACAGCAGGUGUCUUAUUACUUUUAUCCUUUUUCUUCUUAUUCUCUAUUCACACUCACGUCCUAUCGUACCUACAACAAAGGAGACUUGUUGUAGACCCUCAAGAAGAUAUCCAAAUGACAUAGUAACAAUCCAGUGCUAUGUCUGGGAAUACUUCGGAGGAAUAUUGAUAAGUGAAGAAGGUUGUGAGUCAGCGCCUUCUCAUGGGCUUACUGAUACAGCCAAUUGCACAUCCCUUACCAAUACAUUUUCUCAUACGAUUAGUAAAUACAAUAGAUUGGACCACCUUC